AUGCGUGGAUUAGGUUUUGAGUCUUCUUGUUGUUUCUUUGUUGAUGCGGUUGACGCAUCUGGUGGUUUAGUUGUGGCUUGGUCCCCCGAAGUUGAUGCUUCGGUGUUUUUUCAUUCUAAUUUCUGUAUUGGUGUUCGAAUUAAUGAAAUGGAUUUUUCGUAUGUGGUGAUCUAUGUUUACAUUAGUUGCAAUAUCGCAAUUAGAGCCACCCAACUGGGUCAGCUCCAGGAGCUCUGUGAGGGCAUUCAUGUUCCCUAUAUUGUCAUUGGUGAUUUUAACGCGAUUCUGAAUGAGAGUGAAAAGGACGGGGGUACCCAAUGGAACGCUGCGCAUUCUCUUAGCCUGCGUAAUUUUGUGCACAAUAUGGGCCUCCUGGACCCAGGCUUUCAAGGGGAUCAAUUUACUUGGACGAACAAACGAAUGGGGGCGGCUUGUAUCAGGGAAAGACUGGAUAGAGCGCUUUGUUCCCAGACCUGGCUUGACCGUUUUCCUGAUACCCUAGUAAAGCAUUUUACUGAUCAGGGAUCGGAUCACAGAGCUCUCAUUCUCUCUGAUAAGCCUUAUGCCCGAAAUAGUCGGCCCAUGUUCCGGUUUGAUGCUCGAUGGGCGGAUAACCCCGAAGUUAGAGCUAUGGUGGAGUAUGUUUGGCAGGAGGAGGUGCAAGGGACUCCCAUGUUUUGUUUAUGGGAACGUCUCAAGAAGCUGCGCCAUUUAUUAUAUGAUUGGAGUAGAGCGGGGACUACUAAUUCCUUGCGCAAUAUAAGGACUCUGCAGAAUGAGAUUGAGAGGAUUAAACAAGUCCACCCGAUUAAUUGGGAUGAGAUCCGUCAGCUUGAAUUGGAGCUAAAUAGACAAUGGGAGGCCGAGGAAGUUUACUGGCAGUAG